CCUAUCUGAGACGACUUUCUCUUCUUUACCUCGCUUAGUAGGAUUAUUGCAAUCUGUUCUUUCCAUUGUAGAUCGCACAAAAUUGUUAACACUAUUCUAAAUUACGGGCAUUAAUUUGGAAAAGUUUCGCGAAUCAAUCGUUUACUGUUUUAUGAUUAUUAACUUUCUGAAGGAAAUGUGAGGAUAAUUCAAAAAGUGCGCUUAUUGGACAGUUCUUUGUGGUAGGUAAUGCAAUCACGAACAGCUGAUGAAGUGUAAAAAAAGUUUUCAAAAUAAUGAAGCACAUUUGGAUUUUUUUGGUGGUGGUGUUUGCGGUGUACCAAUCAGAUCAACUCCUAAGUAAGACAGAAAAACAAAGGUAUGAUGGAUGGUUCAAUAACUUAGCGCAUCCCGAAUGGGGGUCUGUAGAUAGUCACCUCAUACGAAGAACUCCCGCUGCAUAUUCAGAUGGCGUUUACAUGCUAUCGGGCCAAGACCGCCCGAGUCCUCGCAAACUCAGCCGCCUAUUCAUGAAAGGUCUAGAUGGGUUAGGAUCUAUGAAGAAUAGAACAGCUCUCUUAGCUUUCUUUGGACAGUUAGUUACCUCUGAAAUAGUCAUGGCUAGCGAAAGCGGAUGUCCGAUCGAGAUGCAUCACAUUGAAAUCGAAAAAUGCGAUGAAAUGUACGAUAAAGAUUGCAGUGGCACCAAAUACAUUCCGUUUCAUAGAGCUAGUUACGAUAUGAAGACUGGACAGAGCCCAAAUAGUCCCAGAGAACAGCUGAACCAAGUUACCAGCUGGAUAGAUGGAAGUUUCAUUUACAGCACAAGUGAGCCUUGGGUGAACGCUAUGCGGUCUUUCGAAAAUGGUUCUUUUCUUACUGAUUCUACUGGAAAAAUGCCCGUGCACAAUCACAUGAGAGUUCCUUUAUUUAAUUAUCCAGUGCCACAUAUGAUGAAGACAUUAAGUACUGAAAGGCUAUUUUUAUUAGGAGAUGCUCGUACCAAUCAGAAUCCAGCUCUGCUGACAAUAAGCGUACUAUUUUUUCGAUGGCAUAAUGUUGUUGCCUCGAGAAUAAAGAAACACAAUCCAGAUUGGGGUGAGGAAGACGUGUUUCAGAAAGCACGAAGAAUAGUUAUAGCAACUCUGCAAAACGUUAUUGUUUACGAAUACAUACCAGCUUUCUUAGAGGAAAAGUUACCGCCAUAUAAAGGCUAUAAUCCUGACAUUCAUCCAGGCAUAACACAUGUAUUUCAAAGUGCAGCUUUUAGGUUUGGUCAUUCUCUUAUACCUCCCGGACUCUAUAGGAGAGACUCCAAAUGCAAUUUCAAGAAAACGCCUAUGGGAGAUAUCGCUUUAAGGUUGUGUUCAACUUGGUGGGACUCGAAUGACGUAUUGACCAACAACUCAGUUGAAGAACUUUUAAUGGGGAUGACCUCUCAGCUUGCAGAACGAGAAGAUUCUCUUCUUUGCUCAGAUGUACGAGAUAAAUUAUUUGGUCCCAUGGAAUUUUCCAGAAGAGACCUCGGGGCUAUUAACAUCAUGCGAGGUAGAGACAACGGAUUACCAGAUUAUAACACAGUAAGGGCGGCUUAUGGGCUGCCUAAAUUUAAAAACUGGACUGAUAUCAAUCCCGAAUUAUUCGAAGAGAGACCUGAAAUACUGCGAAUGCUUAUAUCUGCUUAUGAUAAUGACAUUAAUAAUAUCGAUGUAUAUAUUGGUGGUAUGCUGGAAAGUUACGGAAAACCUGGAAAAUUGUUCACAAAAGUAAUUUUGGAACAGUUCAUUCGGUUAAGAGAUUCCGAUAGAUUCUGGUUUGAAAAUGAAGAAAAUGGACUAUUUACUACAAAUGAAAUAGAAGAAAUUAGGAAGAUAACUUUAUACGAUAUAAUUAUUAACAGUACUAGUAUUCAUGAAAAUGCCAUACAAAAGAACGUUUUCUUCUGGAAAGAAGGUGAUCCCUGUCCCCAACCAAUGCAGCUCAACACGUCCCAGAUGGAGCCUUGUAAAGUCAUCACAGGUUACGACUAUUUUGAAGGAAAUGAGUUGGUGUACAUCUAUGCCUGCGUGUUCCUCGGCUUUGUCCCCAUCGUCUGUGCUGGCGCAGGAUACGGAGUGGUGAAGCUUCAGAACAGGAAGCGAAGACGUCUAAAGAUAAAACAAGAAGAGCUUCGGAACGGCGAUGUGAAGUUACCGGUAGAUACGAUGAUAGUAACGGAAUGGUUACACGCCAACCACAAACGAGUGGUCAAAGUCAGAUUCGGACCGGAUGCUGCUAUACACGUCUUGGAAAGAAAGGGAGAGAAGUUAAGAACGAUUAAUUUGAAGAAUGUAGAUAAUAUUGUUUUGGAAGAGUCGUUAAAUGUUACUUCGAAUAAAAAACCAAUAGUUUUAAUACACGUACCGAGGGAUUAUGACCUGGUGUUGGAGUUGGAGUCCGUAGCUUCGAAGAAGAAGUUUAUGAACAAACUAGAGCAUUUUCUUAAUUCCAAUAAGAAAACUCUGUUUUGUACUCAGAUAGUAAGAGAAGUGCUACUAGCGAAGGCAGAAACACGUCAAAGAAGGGAAAAGAAGCUGGAACAUUUCUUCCGCGAAGCUUACGCCUUAACGUUUGGCCUAAGACCUGGAGAAAGACGGAGAAGAUCUGAUUCUAACAUGGACGGAGAAGUGGUGACGGUGAUGAGAACGUCUUUGACCAAAAGCGAAUUUGCCAGUGCUCUUGGGAUGAAACCCGAUGCCGUAUUUGUUACCAAAAUGUUUAAUAUAGUUGAUAAAGAUAAAGAUGGUAGAAUAUCGUUUCAGGAGUUUUUAGAUACUGUGGUACUCUUCUCCAGAGGUGCUACAGAAGACAAGCUUCGUAUUAUCUUUGAUAUGUGUGACAACGAUAGAAAUGGAGUAAUAGAUAAAGAAGAGCUAUCAGAUAUGUUAAGGUCACUAGUAGAGAUAGCGAGAACGACAAGCUUGUCUGAUGAUCACGUCACGGAACUUAUAGAUGGGAUGUUUCAGGAUGCUGGUCUGGAAUAUAAAUAUUACCUUACAUAUAGUGAUUUUAAAGUAUUAAUGCAAGAAUACAAAGGCGAUUUUAUAGCGAUAGGUCUCGAUUGCAAAGGAGCGAAGCAAAAUUUCUUAGAUACUUCAACAAAUGUAGCCAGAAUGACCAGCUUUCACGUAGAGCCCAGCUUAGAAGAUAAGAAAAACUUUUUGAGGUUGAAGUGGGAUACUCUUGUCACCUUUUUGGAAGAAAACAGACAGAAUAUAUUUUACUUAUUUUUAUUUUAUGUAGUAACAAUUUUGUUAUUCGUUGAAAGGUUUAUACAUUAUUCCUUUAUGACUGAACAUGCAGACUUAAGACAUAUAAUGGGUGUUGGUAUCGCAAUAACGAGAGGGUCUGCGGCAUCCCUUUCAUUCUGCUAUUGUAUGCUGCUUCUAACUAUGUCCAGGAAUUUAAUAACAAAAUUAAAGGACUUUGCCAUUCAGCAGUAUAUCCCUCUGGAUGCAAAUAUACAGUUUCAUAAGAUAGCUGCAUGCACUGCUUUGUUCUUUUCGAUAUUACAUACAAUAGGGCAUAUUAUCAAUUUUUAUCACGUUUCCACCCAACCAGUUGAAAAUUUAAAGUGUCUGACCAGUGAAGUACGAUUUCCAUCUGAUUAUAAACCAGGAUUUACGUUUUGGCUGUUUCAAACCAUUACAGGUGUUACCGGGGUACUGUUAUUCAUCAUAAUGUGCAUAAUAAUAGUAUUCGCUCAUCCAACGAUAAGAAAAAAAGCAUAUAAAUUCUUUUGGUUUACUCAUAGCUUGUACAUUGUAUUCUACAUAUUAUGUUUAAUUCAUGGCUUAGCAAGACUUACUGGUGCACCAAGAUUUUGGCUGUUUUUCCUCGUUCCUGGUAUAAUAUUUACCCUUGAUAAGGUGGUGAGCUUAAGAACGCGGUAUAUUCCUCUGGAUGUCUUAGAAACUGAAUUGUUACCUUCAGAUGUGAUCAAGAUCAAAUUUUACAGACCACCCAAUUUAAAAUAUCUCUCAGGACAAUGGGUGAGGCUAGCAUGUACGGCAUUCAACUAUGAAUUUCAUUCUUUUACACUAACAUCUGCACCCCAUGAAAACUUUUUAUCCUGUCAUAUUAAAGCUCAAGGACCUUGGACAUGGAAACUUAGAAACUAUUUCGAUCCUUGUAACUAUAACCCCGAAGAUCAACCAAAAAUUUUACUCGAAGGCCCGUUUGGAGGAGGGAAUCAAGACUGGUAUAAAUUUGAAGUGGCUGUUAUGGUCGGAGGUGGUAUUGGAGUUACUCCGUAUGCAUCUAUUCUUAACGAUCUAGUAUUUGGAACGUCUACCAACAGAUACUCUGGCGUAGCGUGUAAAAAGGUAUAUUUUCUUUGGAUAUGUCCUUCUCAUAAACACUUUGAAUGGUUCAUAGAUGUAUUAAGAGAUGUAGAAAAGAAAGACGUUACCAAUGUUCUCGAAAUUCAUAUUUUUAUUACACAAUUUUUCCACAAGUUCGAUCUAAGAACAACAAUGUUGUACAUAUGUGAAAACCACUUCCAAAGACUUUCGAAAACGUCCAUUUUCACGGGAUUGAAAGCUGUUAAUCAUUUUGGGCGACCAGAUAUGACAUCUUUCUUAAAAUUCGUACAGAAACGUCAUAGUUACGUAAGCAAAAUCGGUGUAUUCAGCUGUGGGCCCAGACCUUUAACCAAAAGUGUGAUGUCUGCUUGUGAUGAAGUAAACAUAGGAAGAAAAUUACCAUACUUUAUUCAUCAUUUCGAAAAUUUCGGAUGAAUCUUUUAUUUUAAUUAAUUGCAUGUAAAUAUUGUGUAUGUGUAAUUGUUUUAUUUAUUCAAUAAAUUAUUUUUUAUUAUUCA